AUGAGUCAAAAUCAUCAAAAUCUCAAUUUUUCUAGUAAUUUACAAUUAACUGAUUUACAUGCGGAUAGUCGUAAUAAUUUAAAUAAUUUCUACGAUCAAACUAAUUCUCAUUCCAUGACAAAUAAUAAUAUUUCUCAAACACCUUUUGUAAAUUCUCUUAAUCCUGUCAGUUCAAUUCCGCAAUGUUGUCCUCAUGUAUCGCAAAGUAAUAAUUAUAAUACUAAUGGACAACUAGCUUCAAAUUAUUUUAUUAACUCACCGAAUUCGACGACUUUUGAUCCUUUUCAACAACAUGUAAAUCAAUGUAAUAUUUUUAAAUUCGAAAUUCCUGGAUUUGAAAUUAUUGUUAGACCAAAGUCUAAUCAAAUUAUGAAUUUAAACAAUUUGAAUACGCAAAAUCAUCAAUCUUCUAUGAAUUCUUACUCUCCAGUUGCGACCAUACCAUCACAAUUAGUAGAUCAAAAUCAAAACUAUAUUAACGGAAAUUUCGUUAAUAAGAGUCAUGUAAAUUUUGUAAAUAACAUGAAUACGGAUAAUUUGCAAUGUCAAAUUCAUCAACAACAGAAUAUUCUUGGAUGCAAUAACUUCCACGGUUAAUUGUUCCAAGAAUUUACAAUAGCAGAAUAUA